UUAAAAAUUUUGUUGACAGUUUUAUAAGAAAACAAGGAAUAAUUACAUGACUAUCUCGCAUUUAAUAUCAUACAAAUAAAGUUUCGAGAAAUUAAAGUUGUUACAAUAGGUAAAAUUACAGCAAUUUAAAUUAGAAAUGUCAUCCGGAGUUAAAUGUAAAAAUUGUGGUUCAACUGAGAUUGAAGAAGAUAAUGCUCGCGGUGAUGCUGUUUGCACUAAUUGUGGUUCAGUUUUAGAAGAUAAUUUAAUUGUUUCCGAAAUACAAUUUGAAGAAAUCGGGCAUGGAUCAGCAGCUAUCGGACAAUUUGUGUCAUCUGACUCUGCAGGUGGAGCUACAGGGUAUGGAAAAUUUCAAGUAGGGUCUGGAACAGAGUCUCGAGAAGUUACAAUAAAAAAGGCCAAAAUUGGAAUUACAAAUCUUUGUCAACAGUUGCAAUUAAAUAACCAUUUCAUUGAAACAGCAUUAAAUUUUUUUAGAAUGGCUUUAAAUCGGCAUUUGACCCGAGGUAGAAAAAAUAGUCAUAUUUAUGCUGCCUGUGUAUAUAUUACAUGCAGAACAGAAGGAACUUCACAUUUACUCAUAGAUAUAAGUGAUGUGCUUCAAAUUUGCAGUUAUGAACUAGGCAGAACCUAUCUUAAGUUAUCAAACGCUUUAUGUAUUAACAUUCCAUCUGUUGACCCAUGCUUGUACGUAAUGCGAUUUGGUAAUAAACUGCAGUUCGGAAGCAAAACGCAUGAAGUUUCAAUGACUGCCCUUAGAAUUGUUCAAAGAAUGAAAAAAGAUUCAAUACAUUCGGGAAGGAGACCUACAGGUUUAUGCGGAGCAGCAUUGCUUAUUGCUGCAAGGAUGCACGAUUUCGGCAGAAGUAUAGGAGAUAUUGUUAAAAUUGUAAAAAUACAUGAGUCCACUUUACGGAAAAGAUUAACUGAGUUUGCUGAAACUCCGAGUAGCGCUUUGACAUUAGACGAAUUUAUGGCUGUAGAUUUGGAAGCUGAACAAGAUCCACCAGCUUUUAAAGCCGCAAGGAAAAAGGAUCGAGAACGAAUAUCGAAGAUGGGUGAAAAUGAGUUAACGGAACUGCAAAAAGAAAUUGAUGCACAAUUAGAAAAAGAUUUAAAAAAACUUCAUAGAAGUCGCUUUAAAAAUAUUCCAGCUGAAUGCUUCGAAGAAGAUGAUGCGACUAAAUUUAUUGCGGAAUCUAAUAUGAAUGUAAUAGAAAAAUGUUUAGCUGAUUAUUCUGGGAUGAAUGAGAUUGAAACUUCGAAAACAAACUUGGAAGGUUUAAAACCGGAUAUACUGAAAAUGUGCACACCUACAUUGAGCGAAAUAUCUCAAAUUGAGAGUAACAAAUCAGAAAGUUUAACUGAAAUUAUUAAUACAAAUGAUGGCGAGCUAAACUUGGAAGGUUUAGACGACGAGGAAAUUGAUGGUUAUAUUAUGACUGAAAAGGAAGCUGAUUACAAGACGAUAUUAUGGGAAAAUUUAAAUGCAGAAUACUUGCAAAGUUUAAAAACAAAAGAGGAAAAAUUAGCGAGAGAACGUGAGGAGGGAAAACCGGAAAAAAAGAAAAGAAAACCGAGAAAAAAAAUUGGUCCAUCUAAUACUGCCGGAGAAGCAAUAGAAAAAAUGUUGCAAGAAAAAAAAAUUUCUACUAAAAUAAAUUAUGAUAUUUUAAAAGCAUUAACAGCCCCAAAAACUAACAAUAAUGCAGAAGAAAAAACUGAUAUUGCUCAUCCAAAAAUUGAGGAAGCGAUAAUACAAAAAGCAGAAACUAUCAAUGGAACUUUGUUAACUACAGUUGCUGUCCCUAAAGGAAUAUCAAAAAGAGAAAAAUUAGAAUUUGGUUUACCAGUGGUUGAAAAUGCAGUUGCACAAACAAAUGCAAAUGAACCCCUAAUUAUAGAAAACAACGAUGAUCUAGUUGAUGAGGAAAUAGACGAACCAGAGGCAGAACAAUAUGAACAAACUGAUAAUGAGUAUUCUUCACUUAAAGAUAUGCUAAAUAAAGGUGAUGAUGAUGAUUAUUAUGGAUAUGAUGAGGAUAAUUAUUAAGAAAAUAAGCAAGAAAAAGCAUGAUUUAUUUGUUGAAAAUAUUAAAAAAACUUUAUUAGUUUUUUUUUGUUUUUUAAUGAAAACGGUCUGUAAAUAUCGUUCAUUUAUUAUUAUUAUGUAUUCGGUCUGUAAAUACAUGUUUAUUUAAAACUCUUAACAGACAUUCUCUGCAAUAAAAAUUUCCUUUAUUCAUAUUUUUGAUUAUGUUCUGCUAUAAAAUUUAAAUCAUAAAAAUUCUAAAAUUUCUUAGGGCAGCUUUUUCUAAACAAUUUUUUUUUUUUUGAAAACAUAUACAUAUGUAUUACAUAUUACACUUAAUACGGCAAUGUAAAAAUAUUUAUUUUAUUUGUGUGAUAAUUAAACAUUGAAUUUUAUUUCUUUAACAUUUUUCUUUAUUUUAUUAUUUUAUAUACAUAUAUUAAUGUG